UCCCUUCUCGGACGUGCAAAGUGGUCCAUCGUCCCUUGUUCGUAGCAGCCGCCAUGUUUGUAUUGUAUAUAGAUAGUGACGGCCACCUCUAGGCAUAAUGGCUUAAAAUUUCCAUCAUCAGGCCGGUCUCUUUCUUUUCAGUUCGCUUCUUUCACUGUGAUCCCGGGGAUCUUUGCUUCUCUUCUCGAAAGUACUGUUUCUUAACUACUAGUCUUUCUCUUCUAUCCUAGCCUGGUGCUGAUCCUUCUUUUUUACUUCGACAUCAUGUAUUCUUACUCUUGCCUACUGUCCUUCGCCAGCCUCUUGGCCUUGGUACACGGACACGCACAGAUUCUGGCCGCCAUCGGUGAGACUGGGUCACCCACUAGCGUGGGCUUUCAGGUCGAUGACGCUUUGGCCAGAAAUUGCACAACCAUCAGCCCUUGUCAACAAGAUGCCACCAUCAUUCGUGAUGCCGAGAUCAGCGCCAAUAUCGUCAAUGAAUGCGGACGAACAGAGCUGGCAGGAAACAUCGACAUCGGAGAGAACACGGAGAACGCCAUUGCCGCAGGUGCCGUUACACAGGUCAAGGCCGGAACCCGCAUGACUGUCACCAUCCACCAAGUCAACGCCGAUGGCGCCGGGCCUUUUGUGUGCGAUCUUGUCUCAGCCGGCAACAACGGUGUCAUCACUGCCAAUCUAUCCAUCGAGAACAACGUACCCGGUGCCAACGGUUUCUCUCAGGCCAAGGCCCAGGACUUCAACAUGACUGUCAUCAUGCCUGACAGCUUCCCCAGCUGCACUGGCUCUUCUCUCGGCAACGUCUGCACCGUUCGCUGCCGCAACAAUGCUCAGGCCGGCCCCUUUGGCGGCUGCUUCCCUGUCCAGCAGACCGAUACCGAGGCCAGCGUCAACACUCCUGCCAACAUCCAGACUUCGUUGUCGCUUGACAAGGUUGCGGCUCAAGUUGCCCAGGACCAAAAGGACCUCGCUGUUGGCAUCAAAGCAAACCAAGACGCUGGUACCGAUGAGGCUCUCGCCAACGCCAAAGCCGUCAGCUCACUGCUCGGCAUCAGCGUUGCUUCGGGUAGCUUCCCUACCUUGACUCCUACUGCUGAGAACAACGCAGUCGCCACUGCAACCGGCACUGCUGCAGUAACAGGAGCCACCACUACAGCCUCCUCUGCAGCGGCUGCUGCUACUUCCGCAACCGGAAAGAAGAACAAGGGAAAUGGUAACGGCCGAGGCAACGCCAACGCCAACGCCAACGGAAACAACGCCAACGCAAAUGCCAACGCAAAUGCCAACGCAAAGGCAAACGCCAAUGCUGCGGGCGAGAACAACAGGAAGCGCAGCCUGAGAUUCGCUCGUCGCACGGACUAAGGUACUUGUUCGGCUUUGACAACCACACGAGCAGGUGUCCAAAGUGUUGGGAGAAGACGAAUGAGAGGGCGAUUGAGAUUUGUAUCAAGAUACCAAGUUGGAAUUACGAAGGGAAUAUUAGACUAGUGGCCAAGGGAAGUGCCUUCUUAUUUUGCUCAUAUAGCUAUUUUAUGUAAAUGCUAUCAAUAUUGUGUACAUUUAUUAUC